GUCUUCCUGAGCUCACUCUGUCGUUGGCGUUCGCGUUGACUGGCCAGAGUCCGCGAGCUGAACACCACCACCAUCAUCUUUGUCUGAUCUGCCACCUUCCUCUGCCUCUCCCUUUGUCUCUCUCUCUCUCUCUCUCUCAUUCUCUCUAUCUUUCUGUCAAAGCAGCUACUCUCACAUUCAUCUCUGUCCAGCCCUCAGGAGCUGACUGUUAUUUCUCAGCCCACCAGCCACUGGUUCCUCACACCACUUCCUGGUCCUUGUACUAACUUCUGAUUGGUCAUGGCGUACCAUAGCUUCCUGCUGGAACCAAUUAGCUGCCAUGCCUGGAACAAAGAUCGGACCCAAAUCGCCAUGUGCCCCAACAACCAUGAGGUCCACAUCUACAAGAAGGAUGGCACCAAGUGGAACAAGAUCCAUGAGUUGAAGGAGCACAAUGGACAGGUGACAGGUAUUGACUGGGCCACAGACAGUAACCGUAUAGUGACUUGUGGAGCAGACCGAAAUGCCUACGUGUGGACCCUGAAAGAAGGUGCAUGGAAGCCCACCCUGGUCAUCCUCAGGAUCAACCGAGCUGCUCGCUGUGUGAAGUGGUCGCCACGAGAGAACAAGUUUGCCGUAGGCAGCGGCUCUCGCCUCAUCUCCAUCUGCUACUUUGAGCAAGAGAACGACUGGUGGGUGUGUAAGCACAUCAAGAAGCCGAUCCGCUCCACCAUCCUGAGUCUGGACUGGCAUCCCAACAAUGUCCUCCUGGCUGCUGGGUCAUGUGACUUCAAAUGCAGGGUGUUCUCUGCUUACAUCAAAGAGGUGGAGGAGAAACCUGGACCCACUCCAUGGGGCAGCAAGAUGCCGUUUGGUGAGAUGUUGUUUGAGUCUGGCGGUCUGCGGCUACUGAUCAGACAUCAGGCGGAGGCGGGUGGUUGGGUGCACAGCGUGUGUUUCUCUCACUCUGGGAAUCGCCUGGCCUGGACCUCCCAUGACUCCACAGUGUCGGUCGCAGAGGGAGGCAAGACCAGCACGGUGAACAGUCUGAGCUCUGAGACGCUUCCUUUGCUGUGUGUCACCUUCAUCACUGAGAACAGCAUAGUUGCAGCUGGCCAUGACUGUUACCCGGUGCUGUUCGUGUAUGAUAGUGCUAAAGGCAGCCUGACAUUUGGUGGCAAACUGGAUGUUCCUAAGCAGGCGGCUCAGAAAGGAAUCAGUGCCAGGGAACGAUUCCAGAACCUGGACCGUCGGGCCUCAGAGACCCAGGGUACCGAGAAGGACCUGAAUAGCCUGCACAAGAACAGCAUCAGCCAAAUCUCAGUGCUGGAAGGAGGAAGAAACCAGUGCACCAAGUUCUGCACCACCGGCAUGGAUGGAGGAAUGGGUCUCUGGGAUGUCAAGAGUCUGGAGUCUUCAAUGAAGAACUUGAAGAUAGUCUGAUGUGUAAAAUGAAGUCGACAUCACUCCGCCCAAAGUAUACGCGCUUCUGGAGAUAUGAAGGAAACUGCUGCCUUAUUACAAAAAGCUUCUUGGCUCUAUUUUUUAUAUUCAAGUUAAAUAAUCAGACUCAGGUCAGUGGAUGUUUGUAAUCCCUCUGAAGCUCUUUGUUGAGCUGCUUAAAGCCAGCACUGUAAACAGAGUGAGUGACCACAGUCUUCAAACGGUACUUAAUGAGUUAGAUUAGUUUAAUCACAAAGAGCUCAGUCUGAGCUGAAUGCUUAAAGCUGGAAUUUUAUAUCAUUCAUGAUGAAAAGCUACAGUAUUUUUUAUUUUUUUUUAAAGCUUAUGCUGGUCAUAAUAUGCAUUUAAUAAACAAUUGCUGUUGCAGAGAUUAAUAAUGCCUAAUUCAUUAACAUUGUGAAUGUUCAUGUGAUGUCAGAUUAACUCGAGGCCAAAGUUAAUGGUUUUAAGAAGUUUUGAAUACAGGAGUGAAAUGAG